CUUCCUUCGUCCCGUCUACAACGGUUACCGCGAAUGACCUCCCGGAGGUUCCUGCCUCUAGAAGAUGUUGUCUCAAUGUCACGUUGUCGCUGCUCGAAAGAACGGAGAAGCAAAACGAGGUCUUCGUGCUUCGCUGUCGGUAUAGGGGACUGGUGUGCGUGCAUUCAGCGUCACCCUCAGGAGUCAGAAACACCCACUUAACUUCGUCAUCGAACAGCUGGGCGCCAUCCAAGACUUCGUCUUUCCUCUCGUUCUGCAGUGUGUCCAGAUCACUUCUGCAACUACUAACUUGGUCACAAAAACUACUGAUCUUGGCGUCGACCUCUUCGAGCAUCUUGUUCUUCAACGUAUCCAGAUCGCUUCUGCAAGAACUCAGAUGGUUACAAAGGCUAGCGAUGUCUGCGUCUCGCUCUUCUAAACCUUUCUUCAGAGUCACAAAACAGGAAACAUGAUUCCUGACACUCAGGUGCUCGUCCAUGACACUGUCCAGCCCCACGAAAUUGCAACCGUAUUCUUCCAGAGGACAAUGCUUCGGAGUGUCGGGACAGCUUUUGGCGUGCCAGGGCAUGUCGCCACGUUUAACAUUUUCUUCCAUGCAAUACGGGCAGCUGAUCGGAGCUUCUGAACAAGUUUCUUCGUGAUGAUUGAGUUCGACAUGGAAUACCGCCUCGCAGCAGAACUGGCACGUGGCCAGUCGCAGCUGGCACUCUGCUGCCAUGUGAGACAGCAGGGUACUCUUCACGAGAAUGGCUUGGCAUUUAUAGGGACAUUCGACGGGCAGACGCAUGCAGUGCACCUCAUGUUCUUUCCACGGCCCCUGACUGGUAUUGAAGGUACAUCCGUGUUGAGAACCGGGACAGAUGAUGAAUCCGAUUUCUUUGGAGCACCCGAAGCAGGACGCUAGAUUGUCGCGGGACGCCAGGCACUUGCUACACGCUUCGUGCUUGCAAGGAUCUGUCGCCCAAACGUCAACACACUUGGCGUUGCACAGCGAGCAAAUUCCCAAGGAAGACAUGAUAGGAAUAAAGUCGUGCUAUACGGCGAACACGGAGGCGUGUACCACGACAAAAGUACAAGACCACAGUACAAGCACAAGGCAGAGCAACCAUGAGCAGAAAAUGACUUGGGUGACCCUGGGCCUGCAGCAGGAGGCUACUCUGGAAAUUGAAGCCCUGCAAAUGUCACACGUUCGACCUUCGUCUGGUGAUCUGGAAGUAUGUCUGAACAGAGAUAGCCUCGAACGUCUUCGAACAUCGAAUUUCUGCGUUCGAUGCGAGCGACGAAGUACAUCCAAAGCGAGAGAGAGAGGGAGAGUGGAGGUAACGCUAAGGAAGGUCCAAGGGAACAGGGAACCACCAGGAAUUUUGACGGUCCGUCCAAAUUUUCUGGCGGGACUUGGUGGGCUCCCGAUGGCACCUGUGGGUCCAUCACAUGACCAUGGUGGAACUUAGCAAGGCUACCCCUCAUGGUGCCUGCUACGACUACGGCGAUGAAAGCAUAUACCGGCGAAGCCAUCGGUCAAGUUAUUGAAAGCCCUGGAGCAUCGUUUUGUGUCGUCACGAUUGCAGCGAAGAAGCCCUAUAUAUUCAACAGCAGUUUUUCAACGCUCAAUGGCACUAGACACAGAUGAAGCCCGCGAUGAACAUAUACGAGCUAACAUGGGUCUUCUCUGACAUUCUGAUUCAGAACUGGCAUGAAGUCGUUUCGUUGCAGUCAACAUUGCGUUUCCCGAAUUAACGUAAUUAUUUUAUCCCCAUCGGCCCUGUCGUACUACUCUCCGCAUGCUGGUGACUAAGACUGUCACACCCCUGUCACACCCCUGUCAAACAUCCAUCUGGCUUAAUUUGCCAACGUGGUGGUAAAUUAUGCGAACUCUGA